CCCCCAGGCCACUGUGGAGCCAACUGGAGACGGGUCUCAGGUGGAAACUUGGCCCAAAGAUGUUGGGUCUCUGCAGAGCUAGGGGUUGUAAUUCAAGCCCGCCUGGCCGUGGGGUGUCAGACCAUGCGAGACUGUCUUCCGACGCCCGCAAGCGCUGUGUGUAUCUUUCUUUCGGUACGUCCAGGUUUCUCCCUCAGUCCCGCCACCUCAGUGAGAACCCCCUGGGCUCUGCAGUUGAGGGGAAGCUCCCAGACAGGCUCAGAGGACCUCAGCUCAGGCUGAGGAGCCUCCCUGGGGGCUCGGGACCAGCUGCUGAGGAGGGGUCCCCAGGACUGGGGCAGGGUGCCCGCUGGCACGGCCCCAGGCGGGCGGGUGGCCCUCCUCUAUGAGACGGGGUUCUUCCCUUCACGCCCCCUCUUCCCCCAUCUCUGCUGCCUCUCCCCUCCCAGGCCCCACAGAGGCUGUCGCUUCCACCACGUGCCCCCUCCCCACGGUUCCCCGUGGCCAUAUUCCCCCUGGGCACCAGCUCCUGGUCACCCCCUGCGGUUUUUAGGGACAGUCACUUUCAGUGUCUUCACAAACACCAUCACAAGUUGGAAUUUCCAAUUUCUGUUUCUUCUAAAAAGCAGAAAGCCAACCUCUUGAUUUACAGUGAGAAAUGUAACAGCCAAGACCCUGAGAAUGACGCUCCCUGACCCUGUGGGAACUGUUUUCCGACCAAGUCUGGGUGAGCAGGAGGGCGGAGCCCGGGGCCAUCAGACGUCCGUGGUCACAAGCCUUGACCCCCGUUCUCGGGAGCAAAGGGCCAGCGAAGUCCCGCCUCGUUCAUCUUUGGCCAAGCUUCCUUCCCGAAUGUAGACUUUUCCGGGGUCUGUUUUCAGAUUGAUUUUCCUCCUUAGCCGUCACGGCUCAAGUGGCUUUUCCCCAGCCAAGCCUUGGAAGCCCCUGCCCGUGGUGGUGUCUGCAGGGGUCCUGCUGGUAGGGCCCUCUGAGCUGUGGGGUGGCUGCCCGCCCCCCUAGUCCAGCAGGUGGGGAGGCGAUGGGGAGGGAACCGUGCCAAGGAGGGGGGCUGGGGGUCGGUUCCCUUGAGCCUCUCCCCCCGCAGGCCUUCCCCCCGCCCCAUCUCCUUCCCCUGGCUCUGGGUCUGAUCCCCAGUUCUGACUCCCAGGUGGUAGAUCUGGGCUCUGCCUGCUCUGCUGGGAUGCGGUUACUCUCGCAGUCAUCGUUCUGCCCCGUCUCAUGGUGGCCUGGCUCCCAGGGCUUCUUCAGCAAACCCGGGUGGGGUGGGGCUGCUUGCUUGGUCACAGGGCCGUUUCCUCCCCCUUCCCUUCCCCCUCCCAGGCGCCCCCAGGAUCGAGUGCACGUGCACAUCUGCGUUAACUUCCGUAUUAACCGUAGCAGUGAGCCUUUCCCCCGGAGCAGUGUGGGUCUGCCCGGUAGACCCCUCCUUUCAGGAGCAAACUCUGGGGCCCAGAGAAGGUAGAGACCUGCUCAAAGUCACACAGCCUACUGGUGGCCAAACCAACACCUGAGCUGAGGCCCCGCCAGCCCGGCAGUCUCCCUAGUGACCUGGGGACAUAGGAGACAGCGGAGGCUGGACUGGGCACUGGGAAGCCCCGGUGUCGUCCAGGCGCAGGAAUGCCUUCCCCGGCCGCGCCGACCCCCGUCCCCAGCCUCCCCGGUCAGUUGUGGGUCGGGGCUCCCCAGGACGGUGGGUCAUGACGAGGACUGUCCACUGUCCCUCAUAUCCUCCCGGAGGGAUGUUCAGAGGCCUGCGAACACACGGCCUGGCCAGGCUCCCAGCUGCACGGAUGGGGACCCAGAACAAGGAGAGGAAUAAAAGGGCCUUUGGAGGAGCCGGACAGCCUCCAAACACACCCCACCCCUGCUGCUUUCUCUCGGCCUCACUCUGAACACAUUCUGCCAGGUUUCCUCUCCCGGGGUUGCCAUCAGAGACAUGAGGCUGCCUCUGCCGCCUGGGGCCCCUUGGCUCCGAGGUGAUGAGCCCCCCGCCUCAGUCACUCUCUGUCACUGAGGCCCAGACACAGCCCUGUGUGGAAAGUUCUCUCAUGUGGUCUCGUGGAAGUCUGAUUUUUUCCAAGGAUAAGCAGCCGUGGCCGUCGUCAGGCCAGGGAAAUGUAAGCCGGCAGCUCCCGUGACGGCUCAGCUGUGCCACCCCCAGCUCAGCGGUUUCUCGUGCAGCCGCAGACCUCCGAACUCGAGACCGGUGUGGGUGCUGAGCUAAAACCAAACACUCCCACAGGUGGAGCUCCUUGUUAUCCAUCCCAGGACGCUCUGAUUGUUCUGGGGUCGCUGGUCCCACAACAGGCAGCGGAGGGGUGGGUGCUCUUGCCUGGCGGGGAGGAACGGGAAGGAGGUUGGGCUGACGGGGGCAGAAAGAAGCCGUCCUGGCGUCCCCAGCACAGCCCCGGUCCAUGGGGGCCGCAGCUGAUGGUGCGAUGGGAGCCGGGCGGCUGCUAACUGGUGAUGCUGCCGUGGAGAAAAGGCCUCGGAGCAGAGGCGAGACCCCGACACCCAAGCUGCCUUUGGGCUCUGUGGACAAAGGCUGGAUUCCAGCGUGGAAAUUCUGUGUGAUCUCCUGAGCUGCCAAGACGAUAGAACUUUCAUCUUCUUUGGUUACUCAGAAGGCAGCAUAGGGCCCCGGAAAUAUGGAGCCCCCAGAGCCAGACGCCCGGGGUCCAUGGGAGCCCCUCAGCCCUGCUGGCUGUCUGCAGAGCUGGUGGGGGGCAACACCCGAGCUGGGGUGUGGGGGACAGAGAGCACCAAGGCAACUCAGCUGGGGAGGCCUCGCAGUUCUCACCCGGCCACGGAGUAAAACCGCCUGGAGACACUUUUCCAAAAAUACUGAGGCCCUUCCCAAGGAGGGUGGGCCUGCCAGGCUUUCUGUGAGCCAGGGGCCAAGCGGUCGGUGGGGUGGAGUUUGGGGGCCUGUGGUGGAGGCUGGGGGAGCGCAGCAGCUCCCCCUCCCCAUCAAGGCUCACUGUUGUCUGGGCGGGCCUGGCACCUCGGGGAGGGUCCGCAUGCUGAGACGCAGGUGGGUUGGCUCCCGACAUCAGCAGGUCAGAGGGAGGGGAGCGUCCGUGCCCCUCAACAAGGGCUCACACGCCAGGGGGUGGGCUGCAGUGUCUCCGCCCACACCCGGCUGGCGUGGAGUCACGCUCUUAUGCCCCUGCCUCAGGUUGGCUGAGGGGCAGCCCACUUCUGCCCCUUGGGACCCUGGGCGAGCCGCAGACCAGGACAAGGCAGAUGACUCUGGGGACGACGAGGACGGGACCCCCUCCCCAGCGGACAAGAGUGAGCUCCACGGCACCAUCAAGAGCCUCUCGCUGAAGCUGGACGACCUCAGCACGUGCAAUGAGCUCGUGGCCAAGCAUGGUGUGGCGCUGCAGCGCUCCCUGAACGAGCUGGACGGCCUCCGGAUCCCGGCUGAGAGCAGCGAGAAGCUGAAGGCAGUCAACGAGCGGGCCACCCUCUUCCGCAUCACGUCCAAUGCGAUGAUCAAUGCCUGCAGGGACUUCCUGGAACUAGCGGAGACGCACAGCCGGAAAUGGCAGCGAGCCCUGCAGUAUGAGCAGGAGCAGCGCGUCCACCUAGAGGAGACCAUCGAGCAACUGGCCAAGCAGCACAACAGCCUCGAGCGCGCCUUCCGCAGCGCCCCGGGCCGGGCCGCCAACCCCAGCAAGAGCUUCAGCGAGGGAAGCCUCUUCACCAGCAAAGCUGAGGACAGUGAGGACGAUGAGGACACAGAGUACUUCGACGCCAUGGAAGACGCCGCGUCCUUCAUCACCGUGACCACCGAGCCCAGCGAGGACGGAAAAGCUGAGGCAGGGACUGCAGGCUCCGUGGAAUGGACUGCAGACAACGUGCUAGAUGGCGCCUCGCUUGUGCCCCAGGGGCCCCCCAAAGUCAAGAGGCGUGUCCGCAUCCCUGACAAACCCAACUACAGCCUUAAUCUCUGGAGCAUCAUGAAGAACUGCAUCGGCCGGGAGCUCUCCAAAAUCCCCAUGCCGGUGAACUUCAACGAGCCCCUGUCCAUGCUCCAGCGGCUGACGGAGGACCUGGAGUACCACCGCCUGCUGGACGCGGCGGCGCGCUGCAGCAGCGCCGUGGAGCAGAUGUGCCUGGUGGCCGCCUUCUCCGUGUCUUCCUACUCCACCACUGUGCACCGCAUCGCCAAGCCCUUCAACCCCAUGCUGGGCGAGACCUUCGAGCUGGACCGUCUCGAUGACAUGGGCCUGCGCUCCCUCUGCGAGCAGGUGAGCCACCACCCGCCGUCCGCUGCGCACUACGUGUUCUCCAAGCAUGGCUGGCGCCUCUGGCAGGAGAUCACCAUUGCCAGCAAGUUCCGGGGGAAAUACCUCUCCAUCAUGCCGCUAGGUGCUAUCCACUUAGAAUUCCAGGCCAGUGGGAAUCACUACGUGUGGAGGAAAAGCACCUCGACUGUGCAUAACAUCAUCGUGGGCAAGCUCUGGAUUGACCAGACAGGGGAUGUUGAGAUUGUGAACCAUAAGACAAAGGACCGGUGCCAGCUGAAGUUCCUGCCCUACAGCUAUUUCUCCAAAGAGGUGGCCCGGAAGGUGACAGGAGUGGUGAGUGACAGCCAGGGCAAGGCCCACUAUGUGCUGUCCGGCUCCUGGGACGAGCAGAUGGAGUGCGCCAAGAUUGUGCAAAGCAGCCCCAGCAGCCCCAGCUCAGACGGAAAGCAGAAAACAGUCUACCAGACGCUGCCGGCCAAGCUGCUGUGGAAGAAGCACCCGCUGCCGGACAACGCGGAGAACAUGUACUACUUCUCCGAACUGGCCCUGACCCUCAAUGAGAACGAGGAGGGCGUGGCGCCCACAGACAGCCGCCUGCGGCCGGACCAGCGGCUCAUGGAGAAGGGCCACUGGGACGAGGCCAACACGGAGAAGCAGCGGCUGGAGGAGAAGCAGCGCGCCAACCGGCGCCGACGGCUGGAGGCCUGCUCCCGGGGCUGCGGGGUGGACGAAGAGAAGGAGGCCGAAGUGUAUGUGCCACUGUGGUUCGAGAAGAAGCUGGACCCGCUCACCGGGGAGAUGGCCUGCGUGUACAAGGGGGGCUACUGGGAGGCCAAGGAGAGGCAGGACUGGCACAUGUGCCCCAACAUCUUCUGAGCUCCGCCCGUCCUGCGGACACAGGCGCCCGCACGCCGCUCCACCUCCUGUUUCGCGCACUCAGUUUAGCGCUCCGUGGCCCUCCCACCCCACCGUUCCCUUCUGGUUUAAUAACACUUUUUUGGGGCUCUCACCUUGGAAGGAGGAAGUGCUGACCCGGGUUCUCUCAAGCCCCCAGGUGCCCCGGGUCUCCCACCCGCCUUCACCAUGGACUCGGGCCCCCUGGGGCCCCCAGCUCCAGUUCCCACAACUCAGGCAGGCUGGUCCAGGCCCUGGGCUGCCUCAGUCACCAGCCCCCCAGGGAGGAACCGGCCCCUCCCAGGGAGCCACUCGCGAGUUUUUUAGAAAAAGUUAUCUCCCAUUUCUUUUCAGCCAAGAUGUUCAGUAAAUAUUUUUAGUACAGCACUUAGUGGACCACUUCCUAACUGUGCUUUCUUGCCACACAAGUGUCCUGGCAAGAGCCCCUUCUCUUUAAGACAUCAGGAAGCCAGCCAGACCCUUUUGGGUCGGGAGCGCUGUGCAGCCCAAAUAGCAAGGCCAUCUGUGUCUGAGCUGCCGGCCCCCCGGAAGCCCAGGACCCCCAGAGGAAGGAGCCAGGAGAGCACAAGUCUCUGGAGCUGCAGCCCCAACCAUGGUUGGGAGGGGCCCUGCGGGGCCGCCGCGUGGGUCUGAGGACAACCACCCCCGUGGAACCCGGCCACCUGGGCUACUUCCCACCCCGAGGGUCCCGGCGGGCCGCAGGCGCUUUGGCCACAGAACCGCGCCACGUCAGCAAUAAGAGCCGAGCCUCAGCCCAGCCUGGGCUGGUGGCCUGGGCGCCCGAGAACCCAGCGUCCGGCCUCCGGGGUACCCCAUCUCAGCGCCCCUGAGCUCUCUAUUUGCCUGAUUUAUAUGUAUGAGAUAUAAAUAUAUACAAAAUAGCUAUUUUGCUUAAAUUUCUAUGGUAUGUAGAAGUGAAAAAAUGAUGAAGACAGGGUGCUCCUGUCUGAGUUUGGCCUUCCUGUCAGCUAUGCCCUGCCCUCUCCUCAAACCCCCUUCCAGUGGCUUCUGCCAACCACUGGGGGGGGAAUGGGACUGGACCACUGUGGCCACUGUCCCAGCCCCUCAGAACUCCUAUUCCAACCCGUCACACUUUGGUUUGGUCCUGAAAAGUCAUCACAGGGUUUUACUUUCUACUCCAGGACUGGUUCUGUUUUUAUAAAAAUACAAAAGUGAGAACACCAACGUAUGAAAGGCCUUAGGGUACCCAAUGGAGGGUGGGCAGGCAGCCCCACACAGACUGUGGCAGAGCUGUUCAAUGUUCCUCUUCUCAGAACUGUUUGUGAGUGAGCACCUUCUGACCAGUAAUAAAGAAGCCUUGGAUUUGGAGUUUCCCA